UUUUGUUUCCUUAUAUAAGCCAAAGUAUUUUGUUAACGUAUAACUAUACAUAUAAAGUACCGUUUAAAGAGAUAGAUAUAUGUUUUAGAUAAGUAAAGUUUAUAUAUAUAUAUAUAUAUCUGCAUGUGUAACAACAAUAUUAUUUUUAGUAAAAAAAUUUGUUAUUUAUGUUAAUAUUAUAAUAUCUAUACAUGAAAUAUCAACAUUAUGUACAUUUAUAUAUUAUUAUAAUAACACAAUUGAUUGAUUGAUAAAAUAUUUAAAUAUAAUUGUAUUCGAUGUCUCAACGUACAAAAGUCAUCAACUUAUACAAGACGCUCUUGUAUAUGGGUCGAGAUUAUCCAAGAGGUUAUGAAUUUUUCAGAAAAAAUGUAAGGAAAGUUUUUGAAAAAAAUAAAGAAGAACGUGAUCCUGAAAAAAUUGAUAAAAUGUUGGCACAUGGUGAUUUUGUUAUUAAAGAACUAGAAGCUUUAUAUAUGUUACGCAAGUAUAGGGCAUUAAAGAAAAGAUAUUAUGAAAAAUCCUAAUAUAUUAUAUUUAUACUAUUAUAUUUGAGCAUAAAAUAAAAAUAAAAAAUUUACUCAAAA